AUGGCCCCCGAGAUGGACCAGUUCUACAGGUCCACCAUGGCCAUCUACAAGAGCAUCAUGGAGCAGUUCAACCCCGCCCUGGAGAACCUGGUGUACCUGGGCAACAACUACCUGCGGGCCUUCCACGCUCUGUCCGAGGCGGCUGAGAUAUACUUCAGUGCCAUCCAGAAGAUCGGGGAGCAGGCCCUGCAGAGUUCCACCUCACAGAUUCUGGGUGAGAUCUUGGUGCAGAUGUCGGACACCCAGCGGCACUUGAACUCUGACCUGGAGGUGAUAGUGCAGAAAUUCCACGGAGACCUGCUGCAGCACAUGGAGAAGAACACCAAGCUGGACAUGCAGUUCAUCAAGGACAGUCGCCAGCACUAUGAGAUCGAGUACCACCACCGAGCCGCCAACCUGGAGAAGUGCAUGUCUGAGUUGUGGCGCAUGGAGCGCAAGAGGGACAAGAACGCUCGGGAGAUGAAGGAGAGCGUGAACCGGCUGCACGCGCAGAUGCAGGCCUUCGUGUCUGAGAGCCAGCGGGCGGCUGAACUGGAGGAGAAGCGGCGCUAUCGCUUCCUGGCUGAGAAGCACCUGCUGCUCUCCAACACCUUCCUGCAGUUCUUCGGCCGGGCCCGGGGGAUGCUGCAGAACCGCGUGCUGUUGUGGAAGGAGCAGUCGGACGCCAGCCGCAGCCCGUCCCGCGCACACUCCCCGGGCCUGCUGGGCCCAGUGCUGGGGCCGCCCUACCCCUCGGGCCGCCUGACGCCCACCCGCCUGGACAUGCCCCAGCGGCCUCUGGGAGAGUUCAGCUCCCCGCGCAGCCGGCACGGCUCCGGCUCCUACGGCCCCGAGCCCAACGACGCGAGGGCCGCGUCUCAGCUGGAGCCGGACCGCCGGUCCCUGCCCCGGACGCCGUCGGCCGCCUCGCUCUACGCCAGCGGCACCCAGUGCUCGCGCUCCAACUCCUUCGGCGAGCGCCCGGGCGGCGGCGGGGGCGCCAGGAGGGUCCGCGCCCUGGUCUCCCACUCGGAGGGCGCCAACCACACGCUGCUGCGCUUCUCUGCCGGAGACGUCGUGGAGGUGCUAGUGCCCGAAGCCCAGAACGGCUGGCUCUACGGCAAGCUGGAGGGCUCGUCCACGGGCGGCUGGUUCCCCGAGGCCUAUGUGAAGCCUUUGGAGGAGGUGCCCGUGAACCCCAUGGCCCCCUUGAGCCCCAUGACCUCCAUGAACCCUGGGAACGAGCCACCUUCCAGGUCCUACCCACUCCGGGGCAGCCACAGCCUGGACGACCUCCUGGACCGGCCGGGCAACUCCACAGCAUCCUCGGAGUACUGGGAUGGCCAGUCUCGAUCCCGCACCCCAAGCCGGGUGCCAAGUCACGCUCCCAGCCCUGCACCUACGCCCUUGCCCGGAAGCCGCCGAAGCAGCAUGGGCAGCAUGGGGGCGGCCAGUGAUGUCAAGAAACUUAUGUCUUGGGAGCAGCACCCGCCAGAGCUCUUCCCGCGGGGCACGAAUCCCUUUGCCACUGUAAAGCUACGUCCCACCGUCACCAACGACCGCUCAGCGCCCCUCAUCCGCUGA